CACAUAGAAACUGAUUGACACACAGCGUUUCAUUUAAUAUCAUAAAUGCAAACAGUGGACACUUGUUUUUAAUCAUUUUUCAUUAUGAAUCUUCAUUGCUUGGUUAUUAAAAAUGAAUUCUAGCGAGGGAAAAACGAUCGAAUUCUUUGGCGUUUACUUUGUUGAACUAAAUCUAUGGAGUUUUGUUCUUUAUAUUUCGGUGACCACAAUCGGCGUCUUCUCAAAUGGUUUUUUAAUUGUGGCAAUUCUGAAAGAUCCACUAAAAUGUUUCCGUAAUGCGACUUCCUAUUUCAUAUUUCAUUUAGCAUUUGUAGAUGCUCUUUGUGCCAUGGUCUUCAUGGAAGAAUCUCUUCUUUGGUUCACAAAAUUUAAGAGUAUUGAUGGUUUACCUAAAUGGUUUGGGAUCAUUAACACUGGUGUAUUUGAGAUGAUAUUAUUUAUCAAUUUCUCUUCAGUAUUCAGCUUAUCUUUGGAACGAUGUCUCGCGAUUGUUUCACCUCUUUGGCAUAAAGUAAAGUUGACGUCAAAAGCUUGCUACUCAUGGCUUGCAAUGAUUUGGAUUCUAGGUUUAUUUCUACUUGGAAUUCGUUAUUUUGCUUUGAUAUAUUUCAACCAGAAGCAAGCGUAUUCCAUUAUGGCGAAAGUAGUAUGGGGAAUUGCCUUGUCUGCGCUAGUUUGCUACGUGAUAGCCGUUAUUUCUGUACGAAGACAGCGAUUAGCACUCGAGGGAAGAACUACCAUUUCCGAAACCUCACGAAGGUCGACCGAGAUUCGCUUACGAAAUGAAAAUCGCUUUCUGCGCACAAUGUUCAUAGUGAUUAGUGUGCUCCUGCUUGGUUUAGUGCCAGCAAUGGUCCUAUUUAUUAUCACGAAUGGUGCGAUUACCAUGGAAACAAGCAAUAACGCAACAGGGUAUAUAGGCAUUGCCUCUGACGUAAUGUUUCUUUUGAACUGCGCUGUGAAUCCAUUCAUUUAUGUAUGGAGAUUGCCAAAAUACCGAAAAACUUUUGAAGUAGUGUAUUGUAAACGAAAUGUUUAAUCCUGCUUUUUUUUAGUUGAAUUAUAAAGAAAUCAUUUUAUAACAGUGCAAUAUCAAAUAAUUAACAUCUUA